GGCAUACAGGCGAGUGUGGCAAGGAUCAUUUCACUCGCUGAGUCUGAAGCCAGACUGCUCCCUGCAUCAGCAAUCAGGUGCAUGAGAGAGAGGACAAUGGCUUCAGAGCAGUUGCUGAAGAUAAUGAUGGCGUUUGUCGUCAUUGCAUUUUGUCUUCCGCUCGGAGGGGAUGUCUACGUUCAUGGUAUAGAAUGCUACCACUGCUACUCGACAGAAAAACCCGGCUGUAGUGAACAACCAGAGGAAAAAAAGCAAGACUGCGUAUACUGCAGGAAGGUUUUUCAGGAAGUGCAUUUCAAAUCCUCCCCCACCGUCGGCAGAGAAUGCAUUGAUGAAAAACGACUCCUCACCUGGGACGAAGAUGACAAGAAGCUGGAAUGCCACCACAUCAUCUCCGAGAAGUCCAUCAAGGCGUCGGUCUGUCUCUGCGACACUGACCUCUGCAACCGAGGCUCUGUGCUGCUCAGGUCCCUCUCGGCCCUCCACUGGACAUGCGCACUCUUCACCCUGUUUCUCUACUUCUGUUUCUAGUUCCAGUGCAGUGACCUCCACUAACCUGCUGACGUCACCAUGCAUUCAUUAUUCCUCUCCCAACAUUUCUAGAGGACAUGAGGCAAUGCAGUUAAUCCAAGCGUGACGUGUUGGGGUAUGGGAUAUCCGUGUCCCCUCAUAACAUUUAUUCCAAGAAUAUUUUUCUUUAUAUCUGCAGACUUGUUCUUAACAUUAAAGCUCUAACCUAACCCUGUAAUCAGUUUGAGACUUAUAUUCUCAUCCUAAGGAUCUCUUAGCCUAACCCUAAGCCAAACUCUAACACAAACCUCAAAACUGACUUAUUAAAAAACUUUGAAGGUUCCUUUCUCGAGCUUACAAGCUAAAAGAAUCAAAUAUAUUUAGAAUAAAUAAGUUUUAAAAAAA